UGAUUGCAGACUUUAGCAAAGCGAUGACACUAUUGCAGAAGAAGAACAUGGUGGUGAGACCGUGAAGCACAAGCACAAGUACAAGUACAAGUACAGCAACACCACUAGUAGUACUAGUACUAGUACCAGUACAAGUAGUAGAAACUAGAAAGAAUCGUAGAAUUUGAUGGCUAUGGCGUCUUCAUUAACUUCAAAAUCACCGCACAUUCAUCUCCACCACAGAAACCCUAUCUCUCUCCACUCUCCUUCCAUUCUCUCCUUCCCUUCUCACCGCUCUCACUUCCGCUAUUGUGCCCUAAAAACUCGAUCCUCCGCCGCCGGACCAGAUCCCUACACUGCCUCUGACUUGCUGAGGAAGCCGGUCAUCUCGCCGGCGGUGGAAGAGUCCACGGCCGAGGUCUCCUCAAGAGUAUCUGACGAGGAUGACGACGACGUUGAGGAUGAUGAUAACAGGAGCGGAGGAGAGGGUUGGGUUGAUUGGGAGGACCAGAUUUUGGAAGACACUGUCCCCCUUGUUGGCUUUGUGAGGAUGCUUCUUCAUUCUGGAAAAUAUGAGAGUGGAGAUAGAUUAAGUCCCGAGCAUGAGAAGACUAUCCUAGAGAGGUUGCUUCCUUAUCAUCCAGAGUGUGAAAAGAAGAUCGGAUGUGGAGUUGAUUACAUCACGGUUGGGUAUCAUCCUGAUUUUGAAAGCUCGCGAUGUUUGUUCAUAGUCCGGAAGGAUGGGGAGCUGGUUGACUUCUCAUACUGGAAAUGCAUAAAGGGUUUGAUCAGAAAAAAUUAUCCACUGUAUGCGGACAGCUUUAUUCUCAGGCAUUUUCGACGGCGCAGACGUAGCGACUGAAGGUAGGUGGUAGGCAUUCCAACUUGUGCUAUUAUAUGCCAACAAUUUUUUUUUUGGUGUUGUUCAAUAUGUCAUCUACUUCUGCUGAAACAUGUCGUGCAAUGUAGAGGCAAAUAUUGGCAAUUCUUGUGUUGGAAAUUUGGAAUGGUGGGCGAGAUGGAAGAAUAUAUGUAUCUUUUAGACUUCGACAGAAAUGUUUUUUUUCUUUUUGUUUUAUAACAUGGAAGUUGCUGCAGCAUUGCUUUGCAUUUCGGUGUGUUUUCUCUCUAAUUUUGUAGGUUUCUCUCUAUUACAAAAUUAGACAUGCAUUUUUUUAA